AUGGACCCACCGUCGAAUCCAGGCGAUUCGUCCGAGAGCCUUUCAAGCGAGGGAGGCCUCAGUGUCCCCAGUGCCGCUGCACAACUGGACCCCGUAGAGGGUCCAGUCGAGCAAGAAGAGGUCCUUCAGGGACCCGCUGAGCAGGCCGAAGAAGCCGCGAUCCCGGAAUCCAAACAGUCUGAUGAUAAUGAUAACGCAGGAAUGGAGGUUGAAGAAGCCGACCAAGACGAAGACAUGGCCGCUGAGGCGGUCGAAGACGACGCCGAAGAAGCUCUCGAACCGCUGGAUUACAGCGAACUCUUCCGCCCUGCCGGCAUCCUCCCCAUGUCCUUCCCCUUGCCCCAAUUCGAAGAAUUUGAGUCCAUGGCCGAGAUUCUCGAGCAGCUCCAACCCCUCGCGCGGGCAAUCGUCCGGGGCUUUCUGUACGACCUGCGUGACAUUUUCCGGGAGCGGAUCGACUAUUACCAAAACUUCCAAAUCCCAGAGUUCCAUCACCAUUUGGUUCUCCUCUCCGACCGUCUUCUCGUCAUUAAGAUCCUAAAUUCAGCUGACCCUGCUUGGACUGAGGCCCUGCUGUCAGAGUACAUAGCAGCCGUCGAUGAAUACGUCGAGGAAGCAGCUGAAAGAUUCCAUAGGCUCCAUUUGUCUUACACUUACAGUCAACCUGACUCUUCACCUCCUCCUGCCCAUCUAGUCUCCGAAGACGCUCCCGGGGGGCCCGCUACUUGUACAAUCUGUUUGAUUAGAUAUGCUCCAGACUCUCAGGUCGUCGUCCUAGCAUGCCACGAUACUCAUCACUUCCAUCGGAGCUGUCUCUCACGUUGGGUGUACACUCAGGCCACAUGCCCACUCUGCCGAAUUCUAGUCGAAUGAUCAUUGAUCAAGCGCGCUCCGUUGAAGGGAGCAUGUUGUGAAGGGAGAAGUCGUUCGUCCAUAAUUUCGCUUGUAUCUCUGGUGACUGACAUUACA